CUGAGCGGCGUCUGUGUCGCAACCUCGCGAGGCAAAGAGGGAGGAUGAAGAGACACGCCUCGCCGAUCUGAUGAGAUAACGACGACAGAGAUCGAAGAUAGCGAGAUUGCUGUCGAGGUUGCGAGGUCGAGAUGAGGCGUCAGCGCGCUUUCUCUGCCUUGCCCUGGGCGUCUUGGAGCGGCAAAGGACGUCGGUCGGUGGGUCCGGCCCUGAUGAUUGCUUGCUUGCUUGCUUGCUUGCUUGCUUGCUUGCUUGACUCGCUCAAUGUACAGGUGAGUUGCAAGCUGAGCCGCUGCUCGAUCCUUCGACCCGCAAGUAAGAUGCGAAGGGAGCUGUUGGUAUGGUCAGAAAGAGAAAGGGACGAAGGAGGCAAGGUUGUCUGCCCUGCUUGAGAUUGGUAGGUACACUGGGAUGAGCCAGGCUACACGAG